AUUUUCAAACAGUUUUCUUACGCAGUGAUAACUUAUUGGCAAUUAAUUAUAGCAGACUAAAUUAUAGUAAAAAAUGAAACUUGCAUUAAUAUUAGGAGUGCUUGCUGUAUUGGCAACUCAAUCAGCGGGAAAAAUCACAAAGUACACUCCACGGUUGGAUGGGCGUAUUGUCGGUGGGGAAAAUACUACCAUUGAAGAAUAUCCAUAUCAAAUUUCAUUAGAAUACAAUGGUAGACACCGUUGUGGGGGAUCAGUUUUAAGUGAAAUUGUAAUUUUAACAGCUGCCCACUGUACUGAUGGAAUUUCAGCUUCGCGUUUGAAAGUACGUGCUGGUACGUCUGUUAAAGGCAGCGGUGGUGUCUUAAUUCAAGUUAAAACUGUGUACGUCAAUGAAAAAUAUAAUGAUUACAACACCGACUUUGAUGUAUCUUUGCUUGUAUUGGCUCAACCUCUAAGCUUUUCUGGUCAAAUUCAACCAGUAGCUUUACCAAGCGUAAAAGAAUAUUUGGAUGAACCAGAAUUAAGUGUAAUUACCGGAUGGGGAGCUUUACAUUCUGGAGGAUCAUCACCGUCUCAAUUACAAAAAGUUAUUGUACCAAUUGUUUCACAAGAUAAAUGUGUUAAGGCAUACGCAAGUUAUGAAGUUACUGAACGUAUGAUCUGUGCUGGUGUCUUAGGCGAAGGUGGUAAAGACGCUUGCCAAGGUGAUUCUGGUGGCCCACUAGUGUCAAAUGGUAAAAUUCAUGGUAUUACAUCAUGGGGUCUAGGAUGUGCCCACAAAAACUAUCCAGGUGUAUAUACACGUGUUACGGCUGUAAGAGAUUGGAUUCGUGAAAAAAGUGGCUUAUAAGUUUUUGUAUUAUUUAAAAAAAUGGCUGCUUAUUUAUUAAUUUUUUAAAUAUAUUGCUAAUUUUCAAAUUG